AUGACGAAGCUUUCCUCCCUCCACCACGAUCUCUUUACAGCUCUAUGCGCCAAACUGUCUUCCAAGGAGCGCAGAGUGUUCCAAUGCGCCUGGGUGGAGCCGAUUACCUGCAGCAACCGCUUGGGUCUAGCAAAGCAAUUGGCCAUCUCUGAGCGCCUCGUCGAUCUCGCACAGUACUUCAACACCAACAACCGCGACGCCUUCGCAUUCUCGCUGGUGCGGCUGUGGGGUGUUAUUCUGUGGCCAGCGCAUCGCUGGCAGGGCGAGGCAGCGGGUAUACCAAAUGAGUGGGUUCAAGAUGAGGCGGCAUGGGCGUCAGUAGGAGAGAUACUGGCGAGGAAGAGUUCGCAGAACAUGACGUAUGGCAAGAGCGGCGACAAGGAGAGAACAAGCCAUUCGGGCUGGGUAGCGAAGAAGCGCAACCACGGCCAAGUGACAGAGGAUGAGGAUAGCAACAUUCCUGGUGUUGACGACUUCGAGCCUGGUCUGUCUGGACUGAGGCUAAGGCAAAAGUCGAACAGCUUGGAUGGAGGCAGCUCAGAAGACUCCCAGCGAAUCCGCUCGAACAACUUCGGCGAAAGCACCUUGAACACCUUCGAGCGAGGCGGGUCGCACAAGUUUGGCCAACAAGUCAGAGAAAACGUCGGGGAAGACUUCACAGACAACGCCGGCGAGGCCAACUGGAACAAAGUCGACGAAAGCACCUCCGUCACCUUCGACGCAAACACUCCCAACACCCUCAGCCACGGCGGACCAAAUGCUUUCGACCUUGGCGGCUCUAACACCAUUCACAACGGCGUCUCGAACGCCGUCCGCCAAGGCAUCUCAGACCACCCUAACCAAACCAUCACGGACGUUCCUGCCUUGCAGCACAGCGGACCAGAGGACAGCGCACCGAUACUGGGUCACGACCAGCUUGCCGAUACUCUCACCGUCCUAUUAGGAAACAGCUCAUCCGAACCAAAUUCCGCUCCACCAAUCAACCAGUCCUUCGACUCAUACCGCAUCACACCAAGAAACAACUCAACCUCAUCCAACUCGUUCACUACUCCACCGCGAAGCCUGUUCUCCACCUCAUCCUGGCAGUCAUCGAACGACACGACACCACUGUUCACGCCGACUUCCCAUUCUGCACUGUCCGGCAGGCCAAUGUUGCAGUCUCCCUUCACGUACGUGCCUACGACUACGAAGCAGCCAUUCGCCAAUGGCGUCACAGGCACUGCCGACGGGCGCCUGGGACAUAAGACUUGGGUAUGCACUUAUCAAGUCAUCAGCCUUAAAGAAGUCGACAGUGUCGACGCCGCCGAACAUGAAGAUGACAACUGA